AUGGACGAGAGUGUCCUCGAUGAGAAGACUCGGAUUGAGCGAUACAUGCCUCAACUUUGGGAGUCUUUGAAGACAAAUCCUUUGUAUGAGGAUUUGGUUGAAUUCAGGGAUGUUUUCCCUGAAUCCGUGCCAUGCAAGCUGCCCAAGGACAAAAGCAGUCGGCAUGAGAUCGAACUGAAACCAGAUUCGAAGUACUGUGUCAUGAAGCAUUGGCCACUGCCUCGUGAACAGGUAACAGCGAUCGACAAGUUCUUUGCCGAUCGUGUAGCGGCUGGUCAUGUGAGGGAAUCAACUUCCCCACAUAGCUCUCCGACUUUUUGUGUGCGAAAGGCCACAGGAGGGUGGCGGAUAGUGCACGCGUUCAACAAAUUGAACGCUGCAACGGUACCGGCUCAGACGCCGAUACCGAGGAAGGACGUAAUCAUUGAUGGUAUGUCAAAGAGUACCAUCUUUUCGUCCAUGGAUUGA